AUGUCCAGAGUGGAGGCUUUUGAGGAUCCCGACCCCCGUUCCCAGCUCAAGGAAUUCCGCACGGACAUCUCCAUGGUGAUUGAUGAUCCCUUCCCACUGCUCUAUGGGUUGGUGGACCGCAGCAUCAUCAGCGACCAAAUUCUGAAGGAGACCCUGGAGAGGGAGGGCAGAGAGGGGAUCCACAAGGCCAUGUACUCCCUGCUUUCCAGGCUCCUGGAGCAGAGUAGGACCACCAUCCAGGCCUUCUGGACCAACCUGGCCAAGGACUACAACCAGCACAGCUACCCCAGACUGCAGGCCCUCCUGACCAGCAUUCAACCAGGUAGGGAGAUGGUGGGCUCCAAGCAGGGGAAGAGAUCCCCACGAGGGUCUCGAGAGUCCCACAGCAGGAAGAGGAGCCUGGGGGAGAGACACCCUCAUCACCCUCACCACUCUCAGCACCACGAUAUUGUACCAGAUACCCAUUAUAAUGCACUCUGUAGCCAUAUGACAACUAGUUGUACUACAAUAUACUCAAAACUCAAGUGUUUCUUAACCAAGCUCAUUAUACAUGUUUUCGGUGUUAUUGUUCCAGGUGGCAAAGUGAAGUCAGUGAAGAAAAGUGAAGGUGCUGCAGUGGUCUCUCAGAUACCUGCUGGAAAGGGUGUCCAGGCGGUGUCCACCUCGGUCCAGAGGGCAGUCACUCUGUCGUCCAGUGAGCUGCCGGUCAGCUGUGGGGCCAGAGAGGAGAUCCUCAUCAAACAGGUGUUUGGAUCUGGAAGUGCCAAAAAGUGCAUUAAAGUGGGUGGUGAGUAUUACACCUCUGGGCCAUUGGAUGAGCUGACUGGAGGCCUCAAGACAAAGUCUGUAAAUACUAAAUACCACCACAAGGAGGAGUCCAGCACCAGGGUUAGAGACGCCCAGCGUAAUGAUGAUGAGUGUGCAGUGUGUAAAGAUGGAGGUGAGCUCAUCUGUUGUGAUGGCUGUCCCAGGGCCUACCACCUGACCUGCCUAGACCCUCCCCUCACCACAAUACCAAGUGGUACCUGGCGCUGUCAGUCAUGUCAUAGCAAUAAGGUGAGAAGAGAGAGAAUCUACCCAGUACUACCUAGCCAGUUGACAGAGACCAGCUCCAGUAACUCCACCAUAGACUUCUCCUUCUUCUCUUCCUUAUCCUCCACCUCUCACUCCAGCGUCACCACAACCAAGAGCGGUCAGGUCUGUGCAUAUCAGUGUGCAGGUGGCGAGGUGGUGGAGGUCAGGGAGACGUGUGGGGUUUGCCUCCUCAGUGGAGGAGACCUGACCCUCUGUCUCCAGUGCCUACAGAAGUACCACACCUACUGCCACUUCCCAAAUGGGAGGUCCAUCUGCUCCUCCUGCAGUAGGCCCUGGGGCAGCUCAACAGACAGAGAGGCGGAAUCCAAGGGCUUACAGGUUGGUCUGACUCCACACACUCAGGAGCACUCGUCUCUCUCAGAGCCCAUCCUACACAAGGAUGAACUAGACUCCAUCAUGGGAGAGGGCUCCAUCGACGGGAUCCUGCAGUGGGCUUUCCAUAACAUCUCCAGGCCUCUCUCGGACACUCAGGGCUACUUCCAAUGA